AGAGCUCACAUAUUAGAGCUUUCUAUCCUUGCUCGAAAAGAAAUAGGGGUAGGGAGAUUUCCUUAUCUUUUUGAGUAUCCAAUUCUCUUCCUUCCAAUUCAAACCCUCCAUAGUGGAACCCAGAAUUUGCUUCUUCAUUAUGCUGUUUCCAUUACCAUUCGCAUACACCUUUCUUGUCCAUAAAUUCUUCCUGCUGCAUAUUUCCUAUCGACUCGUUACCACAAUAAUUCAUCCAUAUCUCUUACAUUUAUUCCUCUCUUUCUUCAGUACGAAUAUGGUGGACUACGGUAAGAGCACCAUGGCAGUGGGCCCUUGGGGAGGCCAAGAUGGGUUUCGUUGGGACGAUGGAGUGUACUCGGGAGUAAGGCAAUUGGUGAUUGCUCAUGGAGCUGGUAUUGACUCCAUUCGGAUAGAGUAUGAUGACAGGGGGUUCUCAGUAUGGUCAGAGAAGCAUGGUGGCAGUGGAGGCCUUAAAAUUGAUAAGGUCAAGCUUGAGUACCCAGAUGAAUUUCUAACUUCAAUCCACGGAUACUAUGGUUGCAUAAAUGAAUGGGGGUCAGAAUUUGUCAGGUCACUAACGUUUGAAAGCAACAAAAAAACAUAUGGACCAUAUGGUAUUGAAGAUGGAACAUACUUUUCAUUCCCAAUGAUUGGGGGCAAGAUCAUCGGAUUUUAUGGCAGAGGUGGUUGGUAUCUCGAUGCAAUCGGAGCUUAUCUAGAGCCUUUUGGCCUUAGACCAAACCUUCCAAAAUCUUUGGUUCAGCCUCGUUACGCUGCUAAUGGGACUGAGAAAUUUGGUUACUCAGUAGUACAAGGUAAUCUUGAAAGUAACUAUGAUAUAGUUCUUGCUUUUAGACAGAAGAAUGAAUACAAUUGUCAAUAUCCACCAGACGAUCUCUCAAGACAAACCUCUAGUUCUCAAGAUUUCAGCGAUACAGAAUCAAAGGACAAGAUGUCUAGUGUCCACAGUUUUCCUAGCUCUAUUGAGAGAGUCCCCUCAAAACGUGAGAAAGGCAAUGUGUCAUAUGGAGCCUGGGGGGGCAGUGGUGGCACUGUGUUCGAUGAUGGAGUCUAUAUGGGAGUUAGACAAAUUCAUUUAUCUCGUAAUGUGGGAAUUGUUUCAAUAAGAGUUUUGUAUGAACUAAACGGGGAAGCUAUUUGGGGAACCAAAAAUGGUGGAACUGGUGGAUUUAAGUCUGGUAAGAUAAUAUUUGAUUAUCCCUACGAAAUCUUGACACGUAUAACAGGCUUCUAUGGACCGGCCAUGCUUAUGGGGCCAACUGUCAUCAAGUCUCUCACUUUCUAUACUACAAAGACUAAACAUGGACCCUUUGGGGAAGAACAAGGUCAAGAAUUCACCACCAACGCGAGAGAAGGGAAAAUUGUUGGAUUCCAUGGUAGGAAAGGCAUGUUUCUCGAUGCAAUUGGUGUUCAUGUGGUAGAAGGGAAAGUAAUGCCGCCAAUACGUCCUCCACCCAAUUCCUCCAUUCAAGGUGAAGUUGUUGAAGGGAAAACAACACGGCCAAUACGCCGUCCAUUCAACUCCUCCAUUCAAGGUGAAGUAGUAGAAGGGAAACCCACACCGCCAAUACGCCCUCUAUUCAAUUCCUCCAUUCAAGGUGAUGUCGUAGAAGGGAAACCAAUACUUCCAAUACGCCCUCCAUUCAAUUCCUCUAUUCAAGGUGAAGGGCCCACUACCGAGCUUGAUAAGCCUCACUGGUCUAAUAAACUAACACUACCAUGGCGAGGAUCAUCAACUGACGAGUUAGCAAAUCGGGUGGUGAAAGAACCAGCUCCGUGUGAGACAGGGCCAUGGGGCGGGGACGGAGGGAGGCCAUGGGAUGAUGGAGUAUUUUCAGGGAUCAAGCAAAUUUAUUUGACUAGAAAGGAGGCCAUUUGCUCGAUACAAAUAGAGUAUGAUCGAAAUGGACAAUCUGUUUGGUCGACAAAACAUGGAGGUGACAGUGGGGGGACUCCAAUUGUGAUAAAGUUGGAUCAUCCUCAUGAAGUGGUUACUUGCAUAAGUGGAUUUUAUGGUCCUACAAAUGGAGAUUCUGGAGCAAAAGUUGUAAAGUCUCUAACAUUCACUACAAGUAGAAGGAAAUAUGGGCCCUAUGGGGAGGAGAUUGGGAGAUUUUUCACUUCAAUUACGACGGAGGGGAAGGUGGUCGGCUUCCAUGGGAGGAGCAGCAUGUACUUGGAUGCCAUUGGAGUCCAUAUGCAGCACUGGUUAGGAAAUCAAAAGCCAUCAAAAUCGGCUUCUCUCAUAAAAAUUUUCUAUUAGUAGGCAUUUUUCGGACCAAAAAAGAUUGACAUUUCUGUAUUAUCGAUCCAUAAUUGCCGAGUUAGUAUUGAAACCAAUAUCCUGGAAUAUUUCGUUUAGAAAUAAAUGAUGUUUAGUUGCCAAAACAAUUGAACUCAUUAUUUAUGUACAAAUUUAUUAUGUUUAUUAACCCAUUGAUCUGUCUAUUUUCUUUUC